GGGGGGGGGGGGGAAAACGAGGACAAAGGAUGCGGACCCAGGGCAAGGCGGAGCAGGAAAGGGGGAGGAAGGCCGCCAUGCCCAGCGCUACCGAGGGGCGGUACCUCCGCCGGCCAGCGGCAACGGACUGCCAGGUGCCAGGUCCGGGGAAGAAUCAAGGACGGCGCCAGGUUGCGAAGCGCCCAAGGCCUCGGGCGCCAGGGUGCGAGUGGCCGUCAGCGGACUGCGACGGAUGACGGUCGUGACGGAAGUGCCGCCCGGCGGCGAGGACACGCCACCCUCAUCAUCGUCCGACCCGCCGCCGGCGCCAGGAUCAUCAUCUUCAUCGUCGGACCCGGCGCCGCCACUGGCACCGGGGGUGGCGGCCGCCGCGGUCGCCGGGGCGGCUGUUGACGCCGCCUCGGUGCUAGCCAGCCGCUGGCGCUUGUUCGAGUGCUUCUGGUUGUGCUUGUUGAUGAAGUCCAACAGCAUGAUGAUGGCCCGGAGGAUGACAUUCGGCAGGGGGUCCGACGAUUGGAUAUCCACGAAGGACUGGUGCGCAUGAUGCACGCACAGCCGGGCCAGAUCGUACGCCGAGCCGGUCACCUUGUCCCGGUAGAUCCGGCGGAUGUCCCGCUUAAUUUCAUUCACGGCGUAGCGGAUGUUUUGCGUGGUCUUGGUCGAGAGCUUGGUCGAGCGGAGCAUCUGCCGGGCCUCCUUGACCGACAUGGUGGAGAAUGGCAACACCGGCCCGGGCCGGGUGAAAGUCCGCUGCUCCAGGUGCGCCAGCAGGUUGUACAUGACCGGAUCCACGUGCGUGCCGGGCGACGAGCCGAAGAAGGAGAUGGCCGCCAACGAGGCAUUGACCGAUGGCGAGCCCGGGGGGAGGGGACCCCCGGCGGCGCCCGGUACCCCGGCGGCCCCGCCAGUCCCGCCAGCCGAAGGAGCCACGCGUCCGGGAGCCGGCGAAAGGAGCCCCGGCCCACCGGAACCCGGUGCCCUGGCCGCCACAUCAAAGCCCCGGUCAUCCUCCGGGUCGUCAUUGUGCGGCACGCCGGCCAGCGGGGCGCCGGGAGUGGCCGACCCACCAAGCGACGGGCUUGCCGACGAUGACAGAAGGUCCAGCCCAUUGACCAGCCCGCUGGGGGAGGGGCUGCCAAUGCCAUCGAGCCCGGCGCCGGCCGGGCGCAGCACCGGCGACCCGGUGCCACUCAGCGACGGACCGGCGGACGCAAUACCGCCGGGCGUGGCGGUGGCAGCCGCGCCCGUGGCCGCAGACACCGCCGCCGAGGAGGACCCGGUGACCUGGGCACCACCGCUCGCGGCAUUGGCAUUGGCCCCGGCCGGCACAUGCCCAGCAGCCACCAUCGACGGGGGGAAGCCCCCGAGCAUCGGGCCAUUGGGCGUGUGCACGACCACCGGCGGGUGGGCCGCAAACCCGGGCAGCGGCUGGUAGAGGCCGCCAUACCCGCCGAGGCCCCAGCUGGGGAUGCCAAUCAGCCCGCCGAGAUAGUUGUUCGGGGGAACCUGCCGACCGGAGGCAUCGGUGCCGGGCUCCGAAUUGCCAGGCGCACUCGGGGCAUUGGUGCCACCAGCGCCAACAUGGCCGGCCCCCGGGCCACGCGGGUCCACCAGCCCGGCAGUCGACCUGGCGGGGGGGACGGCUCGCGCGGCCCCGGCCCCGGCCCCG